AUGAGUGGACGUGGAAAAGGAGGAAAAGGACUCGGAAAGGGCGGCGCUAAGCGUCAUAGAAAAGUGUUGAGAGAUAACAUCCAGGGUAUAACCAAGCCAGCUAUCCGUCGUUUGGCUCGCAGAGGUGGUGUUAAACGUAUUUCUGGUUUGAUCUACGAAGAGACCCGUGGUGUAUUAAAAGUGUUCCUUGAGAACGUCAUUCGUGAUGCUGUUACCUACACCGAGCAUGCAAAGAGGAAGACCGUGACCGCUAUGGAUGUCGUCUACGCUCUCAAGAGACAAGGAAGAACCCUGUACGGUUUUGGAGGUUAAUUUUCAUCUCCAACUGCUGUUACGCUAUUGACAAAACCGGCCCUUUUAAGGGCCAUAAAAAUUUGCACGUAAGCCAUCUCGUUGAUUUACAAAUAUGCGUCACUAACCCGCUGUCUUAAUAUUUUGUUCUUCAAAUUUUACUCAGUGACUUAGCGGAGGUAAAAAAUAUGUAUACCACCCGUUUUCGGCGUAAAAAAAACGAAAAAACCUUUGCAUUGAACAGAUUUAUUUCUGUGGCUGUUUGUGUCGGGUUGUUUAUUUGGCCACAAAACCAGAAUAUAAAUUUCUCAUCGUGGGUUUGUCUUAACGUUUAUAUUAUAGCAUUGAGCUAAAUUAUUCCUAGUUACUUCCUUAAAGCACUCCUUUAUUUCUAAAGGAAAAUUUUUCUCUUUUUUUUUUUUUAGUGUAUUUUGACACCAGUGAGUGAAUUACAACUACUUCCCCUCCCCCCACCCCGACUUUUCGUGUUUAUAUAUCAUGUAGAUUCCCAGUCCACUUUAAUUUGUUUUAGCUUUCAAGAAAAUGGAUAUUUUUUAAUGAAAUUCUCGACAAAUACACAGUAAUUUUGGGAAAACAAUUAGGGACUAUUUCUGAGAACCGUUCCCCACUGGCGGGUGUUUCUGAACAAGUCCAUAUUUUAAAUUUUCUCCGUUUUGUGCGUUUGUGCACCCGUACAUUUCUAUCAGACACGUAAUUGAAAAAGUUCGUGUAUAUUCUGGUGUCUGCCUUUCUAUUAUAAACAUUAAACUGGGAAUUUACUUCAAAUAAAAAAAAAUCGUAUUCAAUAGAUAAGCCGUCUUAAUACCGAACCAUUUGCUGUUAUUUUUAGUAUGAGUUUUCUGGUGAGGGCUUCAUUUCCUGUUAGUCGCUGAAGUAAUCUACGGGGGCAUAAACGGGAGAAAAUGAAACGUGCACUUGUUCCGAAACACCCUUGAGUGGGGAGCAAUUCUCAAAGAUGGCCCCCAACUGUUUUCCACCCCAAUUCCUAUGUCCUCGUUAUCUGCAUAGUCUGAGGUAUAAUUGUAGAAAAUAUCGAAAAAUAUCCAUUUUCUUGAAAGCUUCCUCCCUCCCCAAAUUUUGUAUAUUCGGAAUAUAUAUAUAUGAUGUAACACAUUCGUAAAAGAUUUCAUAUAAAAAUAUCCAUUUUUCUGUAAGUUAUCCAAAGUCGGGGGUCGGGGCAAAAUUUAUAAUUAUGCCAUUGAUCUGUUGGAAUCAGGAAUAACUUGUAAUCCCGAUUUCCCCGUCCAGACGUAAUGUAGGAUUGCGUUAGUAUAGAUUCUUUUCGGCGGUGGUGGACAUAAGCCCUCACUCAAUACUUUUAGCUCUUUGUUUUUUAGAACGUGGAACCAAAUUAUUCAAAAGGAUCUUUACCUUUUGACGUACAGAUUUAAAAAUAAUUUUUUGUAACUAAAUACUUUAAAAUUUCGGACACUGGUAGAAUGUGUCAUAAAACCUGUUUUAC